UUCUCCUUUACUGCCUUUACUACCUUUGCAUUUGUUGCUACCGUUGGUAGCAAUAGAUGCGGUAGAUGUUGAUAGAGGCCGUAAAGGCAGUCUAUAACGCCAUAGAGGCAGUAUACCAUUAAAAUUUUAAAAUGUCGAUUGUCGUUGAUGGUAGCGGCGAUGCCAGGAUGCGAGAAUAUUCAAAGCUGGCUGCCGAUCUUGAGCAGCAAGAGCUGGAGGCUGCCAAUGGCGUUGCCAGUCCACAGGCUUAUGGUCAACUACUAGCAAUCUACCUCCUUCAAAAUGACCUGCCGAAUGCCAAAUUUCUGUGGAAGAGGAUCCCUCAAGAAAUAAAGCAGUCUCACACAGAGCUGGGAAACAUCUGGAAGGUUGGCCAAGGCCUUUGGUUCAAAGACUUUCCAGCAAUUUACAAUGGCUUAGCCCAGGAAUGGCCUGACGACAUCAAACCUAUCAUGCAAGAACUUGGAGAGCGCACAAGACGGCGGGCCUUGAUGCUGGUAGCCAAGGCGUAUUCUUCUAUUUCCCUUGAUGAUGCCUCCUCUUUUCUUGGUAUUCCCAAGCUGGAAUUAGCUGAUGUUGUGUGUCCAUUGGGAUGGUCUGUUGAUGCCGCAAAUGGUAUGGUGUUACCAAAACACACAGUUGUCAGGCAUGAAGAUUCAACGCCCAGUGAAGAACAGUUGGCUAAACUUACAGACUUUGUUGCCUUCCUUGAAAAUUGAUCAUUGCUGCGGACUCGGGAGUGCAGCAUGUGGAGGUGAUUGAUCAGUUUCAAGGCAGAAUAUGAAGAAUAUAUACCGUCUGCUAGGCUUAAUCCGCCUUUUUCAUUUUCCUGUGCUGCCCUCUGCCGCACUCCGCUGGAAACGUUUUAGAAGGGUGCCAGGGCUUCCGCCGGUUAAUUUGUGAACCUGCGCCCAUGUUGAGUGCGCAUCGGUUGUUCAUUUCGUGGAUCGCCAAUAAUUAUUAAUGGCUUCUCCAGGGCAGCAUGUCGUUCCUGGACGCCAUGUAGCACUCGCCAACUAUAUAUAUAUAUAUAUAUAUAUAUAUAUAUAUAUAUAUAUAUAUAUAUAUAGAGAGAGAGAGAGAGAGAGAGAGAGUGAACAGGCCUGAGUGCUCUGUUGUGUUACCAGUGUUAACAGCCCAAACCGCAUGAGAGCGAUUUUGUGCACGACGGCGACGAGCGACGGCUUCGAGCGACGAAAGGAGCCGCUAUUCUGUAGCGAUGCUUUAUUCUACACUAGUCUUAUCAUCCACCGCUCACGGCCGGUUGAUCCCGUUGAUAACGUGAGCGGACCGUCGUUCUG